AAGAGGCCGCCGAUAAAGGUUGGGUGCCUCGCGCCGGGGGCCGUCGGGAGGGAGCGAGCCCCCGCCCCCUCCCCGGCCCCCGCUCCUUCAGUGCCGUGUCGGGCCCCACUUCCUGUCGACCCUCGCGGGUGUGAUGGUUGGCUCCCACGCGGACAUGGCGCCUGCCUCUACUGCAGAGGGGGCUGGGGAGAAGCUGGGUCCCGCCGCCCCAGCCCCGGCAGCCCAGUAUGAGUGUGGGGAGUGCGGCAAGUCGUUCCGGUGGUCAUCCCGGCUCCUGCAUCACCAGCGCACGCACACGGGAGAGCGACCCUACAAGUGCCCAGACUGCCCCAAGGCCUUCAAGGGCUCCUCUGCGCUUCUCUACCACCAGCGGGGCCACACGGGUGAGCGGCCCUACCAGUGUCCUGACUGCCCCAAGGCUUUCAAGCGCUCCUCGCUGCUGCAAAUCCACCGCAGUGUGCACACCGGCCUUCGGGCAUUCACCUGUGGCCAGUGCGGCCUGGCCUUCAAGUGGUCGUCCCACUACCAGUACCACCUGCGGCAGCAUACUGGCGAGCGGCCCUACCCAUGCCCGGACUGCCCCAAGGCCUUCAAGAACUCGUCUAGCCUGCGGCGCCACCGGCACGUGCACACCGGGGAGCGACCUUACACCUGCGGUGUGUGUGGCAAGAGCUUCACGCAGAGCACCAACCUUCGCCAGCACCAGCGUGUGCACACGGGCGAGCGGCCCUUCCGCUGCCCACUCUGCCCCAAGACCUUCACCCACUCCUCCAACCUGCUGCUGCACCAGCGCACCCACGGCCCCGCCCCGGGCCCCACCCCUGCGGCCCCGCCCCCUGCUCCACGUGAGCCCUGCGGGGGCGCCAAGGUCCUGGUCUCUGAUGCCUACCUGCAGCCGCACCUCCAGUCCAGGAGCCCGCCUGCGACCCCCGUCCCGCCUCCUCAGCCCCCGCCCGUGGUACCCGAGCUUUUCUUGGCAGCGGCAGAGACCACGGUGGAGCUUGUGUACCGUUGCGACGGCUGCGAGCAGGGCUUCGGCAGCGAGGAGCUGCUCUUGGAGCACCAGCCAUGUCCGGGGCCCCCCACUGCCUCCAAGCCUCAGGAUGCACCCGCCGAGACACCCCAGGCAGACCCCCCAGCAUCACUGUCCCCGCCAUCCCCUCUGCCUCCACCCCCUCCUGCCGCCGCAGCCACUGCCCCCAGCUUUGCCUGCCUCCCUUGCGGGAAGUCCUUUCGGACUGUGGCAGGCCUUUCCCGCCACCAGCACAGCCAUGGGGCGGCCGGUGGGCAGGCAUUUCGCUGUGGCAGCUGCGAUGGUGCCUUCCCCCAGCUGGCCAGUCUCUUGGCACACCAGCAGUGCCAUGUGGAAGAGGCAGCAGCCGGGCGCCCGCCUCCCCAAGCUGAGGCUGCUGAGGUCACCUGUCCUCAGGAACCCCUGACCCCUGCUGCUCCUGCCCCACCGCCGCCCCCGCCUGCCCCAGCCUCUGCAGAGCGGCCCUACAAAUGUGCGGAGUGUGGCAAAGCUUUCAAAGGUUCCUCAGGCUUGCGCUAUCACCUGCGGGACCACACGGGUGAGCGGCCCUACCAGUGUGGUGAGUGUGGCAAGGCCUUCAAGCGCUCCUCCCUGCUGGCCAUCCACCAGCGCGUGCACACUGGCCUUCGGGCUUUCACGUGCGGCCAGUGUGGGCUCACCUUCAAGUGGUCAUCCCACUACCAGUACCACCUGCGGCUGCACUCGGGCGAGCGGCCGUAUGCCUGUGGAGAGUGUGGCAAGGCGUUCCGUAACACGUCGUGCCUGCGGCGCCACCGGCACGUGCACACCGGGGAGCGGCCCCACUCCUGCGGUGUGUGUGGCAAGAGCUUCGCACAGACCUCCAACUUGCGGCAGCACCAGCGCGUGCACACGGGCGAGCGGCCCUUCCGUUGCCCACUCUGCCCCAAGACCUUCACCCACUCCUCCAACUUGCUGCUGCACCAGCGCACCCACUCGGCCGAGCGCCCCUUUGCCUGCCCCAUCUGCGGUCGUGGCUUUGUCAUGGGCGCCUACCUUCAGCGGCAUUUGAGGACGCAUGCCCCGGCCAACACGGCCUCAGCCACUACAGCCUCUGCUGGCCCCCCGCCCCGGGCCCCACUGGCCACCCAAGAUGUCCAUGUUCUCCCCCACCUCCAGGCCACACUUUCCCUUGAGGUGGCUGGGAGCACAGCCCAGGCACCACCCCCAGGUCCAACGGCCCCCAACUCCCAGACAUUCCUUCUGGUACAGACUGCCCAGGGCCUUCAGCUGAUCCCCAGCAGCGUCCAGCCUCCUACACCCCCGCCUCCACCCGCACCUGCUAAACUCAUCCUGCUGCCUCCCUCCAAUGCUGCGGGUGGGGGCAGCCAUGCAAGGCAGGGCCCUCGGGCAGUGGGGAAAGCUGGCCAGGGAGCAGGGGUAGUCUGGCUGCCAGGCCCUGGGGGCCUGGGGGUGCAGGGAGGGGGCGGUACAGUGGCCAGUGGGGGAGGGCAAAGCCUCAUUGUUCUGCAGAAUGUAGGGGCCGGGGAGGCGGGGCCACAGGAAGUGAAUGGGGUCCAGCUCCAGCCAGCACAAGAAGUGACUACGGUCCAGCUUCAGCCAGCACAGGAAGUGACCACAGUCCAGCUCCAGCCAGCACAGGAAGUGACCACAGUUCAGCUCCAGCCCCUGGCAGGCCAGCUCUCCAAUGCCAAUGGGGGAGCUGUGACCACUGAGGCCCCCAACUUGUUGGUGGUUCAGAGUGGGGCAGCUGAGGAUUUGCUCACAGGUCCUGGGGAAGUGGGGGACAGUGAGGCCAGUACUGGUGUGGUCCAGGAUGUCCUCUUUGAGACACUGCAGACAGAUGAGGGGUUACAGAGUGUUCUGGUGCUGAGUGGAGCCGAUGGGGAGCAGACCCGGCUCUGUGUGCAGGAGGUAGAGACCCUUCCCUCUGGCCUGACUGAGCCCCCUGCUCCAGUCCCACCAGGACAAAAACUCCUCAUCAUCCGCAGUGCCCCAGCCACUGAGCUGCUAGAGAACAGCAACGUUGGGUCAGGCUCCACCACGCUGCAGCUCCUGGCCCCACCGCCACCUGGCCCGGUCUCUGCCCCUGCAGGGAUAACUGCGGCUCCCAACUCCCAGAUGGUACAAGUGGUCCCUGCAGGAGCUGGACCUGCGGUCAUGACCCCGCAGGGCCUGCCCUCCAUCCAGAUUGUGCAGACUCUUCCCGCAGUCCAAUUGGUGCACACCUUUUGAGGAGACCCACUGGUACCCCUGUCCUCACCACAGAUUGUUUUCGGCUGGGCUGGGGUCAGUCUCAGGGGAGCAGGGCUACUGGCUGGGCUUGCUAAUAAAGACCCAGAAUCUCUCUCCUUUGUUUUGUUUUCUUGGGAGGAAGGGGCAGUCAUGGCCAUUGGCGCCACUCUACUCUUGCUUCCUGGCUUACAGACGACUUGCCUUGGUCUUGUAGCCAGCCGCUUCUCCUAUGUGGGGCUCAGUUUCCCUAUCCUCUAAAGUGAGUUUUUUUGUUUGUUUGGGUUUUUUUUGGGGGGGGUAUGGUUACUGUAGGAGGGAGGCAUUUUUAUCAGAAUUCUGGUUCUGCCGCUUGUUCCCUGUGAGUCACUCUACCCAUCCCCUCAUCUGAAAAAUGGACAGGGAGAGAGUCUCAUCCCAAAGGACACUGCCAGCGCAGGCAUCCACAGGGUUGAAGUGGAGGUCCCAGGGGAAGGGAAUGCGGAGCGCGGUCUUGGACCUCUCCCGCGAGAGACCCUGCUGGUUGCUCGCGCGUCACCGCCUCCUCGCACUCAGGUCGCUUAGCAACGAGGGAUGAACUGGAAGGGAGCUGCUCACCCUCCGCGGGCCCGGUGAGUACCUCUCCCCUAGCGGCCAGCGUCUGUUCGCGUUUUCCC